UUUUUAAUUUUUAAUUAAAUUUAAAUUUUGUAAUAUUAACGCUAAAGACUCCAACCAAAGCAAAGCUCACGCAUAGAAAUCUUUAAAUACGAGCAUUUAGAGAAUGGCUCUGACAAGCACCCCUUGGAGGAACCACCCACACUCACAGGGGAGAGGAAAUAUCACUCAGCGAAAAGAGUAACCCAUCUGAUCUCUCUCUCUUGUCUUCUUUGUUAGUCCCACUUUGUACUUCCAAUCACAUUUCUGAUUCUCCUAUUCAACGGUCCUGAUCUUUUCUUCCUCUUCUGUCUUCACUCCUUACCCAUUUCUUGCUAUUGUUUCUUGUUUCUUUUAUCUUCACCUCACCCGGCCACAUUCAAGUCUCUCUCUGAAAUCCACCAAAUGGGUGAUCUCAUCCAUUUUUCCUUGUCUUCUCUGCUUCUGCUGCUGCUUACAGUGACGAGUUUAUUCCUGAUAAGAGUAGAAUCAAAGACCUAUUGGCAAGAUGUUGAAGUUUUGAGAGCGCUUAAAAAUGGGAUUGAGCCAACCUCUGUCACUCCUGGCUCCUGCUUAAGCUCUUGGGACUUCUCCGUUGAUCCUUGCGAUAACUUGUUCAGUGAGCGUUUCACUUGUGGGUUCAGAUGCGACCUUUUUGUCUCCGGCACGAGUCGAGUCACCGAACUCAAUCUUGAUCAGGCCGGUUACUCUGGUUCACUUGCAAACAUUUCUUGGAACCUCCCUUAUCUGCAGAAUGUCGACCUGUCAAGUAAUAAUUUCUAUGGCCAAAUUCCCGAGUCCUUUUCCAAUCUCACUCGUCUGAGUCGGCUCGCCCUUUCAAGAAACUGGUUUUCCGGCAAGAUACCCAUGUCGCUUGGCUCGCUCGCUAACCUCGAGGAGCUAUACCUCGAUAACAACAUCCUUGAAGGCACCAUUCCUGCAAGUUUCAAUGGUCUGAUUAGCUUAAAAAGGCUCGAAAUUCAGUCGAACAAGCUAUACGGUGAGUUUCCCGAGUUGGGUUCUCUGAAAAGCCUCUACUUUUUAGAUGCUAGUGACAAUGCCAUAGCUGGUGAAGUCCCAGCUACACUUUCAUCAUCUCUGGUUCAAAUCUCCAUGAGAAACAACAGCUUGGAAGGAACCAUCCCAGAAAGUUUCAAAAACCUGGGUUAUUUACAAGUACUGGAUCUGAGUCACAAUAAACUGAGCGGCUCAGCCCCUUCCCUUCUCUUUAACCACCCAUCUCUGCAACAGCUAACUCUCUCAUUCAAUUACUUCACAGCCAUACAAUCACCAGCACCUAUUGCUCCUUCAACCACCAUCCAGAGUGAACUGAUAGCCAUCGAUUUAAGCAACAACCAGCUUCAAGGAUUUUUACCCUCGUUUCUGGCUUUUAUGCCAAAGUUGUCUGCAUUGUCACUAGAGAACAACAAAUUGACAGGGAUGAUACCGACCCAAUUCGCCAUUAAAACAGCGGUGCCAGGAUCCGGAUUCUCACCGUUUGUGAGGCUAUUGCUGGGAGGGAACUACUUGUUUGGACCGAUACCGGUGCCGUUAAGGGAGCUGAAAGAAGGGUCGGUGGACGUGAGACUAAACGAUAACUGCUUGUACCGGUGCCCGGUAACUUUGUUUUUCUGUCAGGGUGGUGAUCAGAAAUCGUUAACGGAGUGUAAAAGCUUUAGCGCUUUUAUUCCCUAAACAAAUCCAUGUAAUCGCUGUAGCUUUUUUAAAUAAUAUAAUAUGUCCAUUGCUCGA